ACUCUUCAGUGGUGCAAAAAGGAAAAAUGAAGUUUCUUGGAGCACGAUUGGGAAAACACUUUCAGAUUGGCGCCAAGAUGCCCGCGCAAUGCUGGGCUUUGCAAAAGGCGUUUGCAGAGCAGCAGUAUCUCCUUGCUGUUGCUGCUGGGUUGGGUUUCAGUGUGCAGCUGCACUGAGGCCAAGUUCCUCCCAUUUACCUUUACAGCCCACAGCAGCUAUUUUCCCAUAAUAUCCCACGCUGGCGAUGUCAUGCCGCAUUUUGAGGCACCUUGUUCCAGUCAACACUGGAAAUGGAAAGAUUUGUUUGCAGGAAUGCAGGGACCCUGUUCAUCUGGGGGUUCCAGGAUGCAAUCUUAAAGGUGUGAUUAAAAGAAUGCUGGCUGCUCCACUCUAAAAUUGUGUUUUUUUUUUCCCCAGUGUGCUAAUGGAGUUAUAAAGGGUUUGGGUGGAGUGGGAGAUUUCAAGGCACAAAGCGAAUCCCAUUUCUUUAGGGUUUUUGCCUCUAUCUUGGCCAGAUCCCUGCGAUAGGAUUGAAUCAAAGAAUCCUCAGUUGCAAAGAGUUUUUCCCUUUUUGGCAAAGGCGGCCACUCCGGUUGCAUCAGACUGAGGGUUAAACUGGUUUUUUCUGGGAUGAGGACAAACUGGUCCAGCCUGUUCUUCCCAAAGGCUGCUGGAUGGGGAGCGACUUCACCCCAAAUGCCCUCAGAUGGGCUUUGGCAGCCCCCUCUAGAUCCAUCUGCAGCUGUUGGACCUCCAGUAGAUGAUGUCUGGGACAUCCCUAGAACCUCAGCAACUGCAAAGUGGAGGGGUUACAGCACACCCUGCCUGCACAAAGCACCCAGCACCCCAAUCUGCCCCAGGAAUGGGGUGGGUGCAGCGUGGGAACCAGAGCACUUUGCAUGUGCUCAUUUGCUGCAUUGCAUCUGCAAAGUUGCAUUUGGUGCAUGCUGAGUUUUCCAAGCAAAUAACACAAGCAAGGAUGAGCUGGAGAAAUGAGUGCGUUUAGUCCCGUUGCUAAAAAAAAAAAAACCCCACCAUAGGCAUAAUUUGCAUUUCUAAUGACAUGGGGUUGUUUGCAUCACACGCAGCAGCAGCAGAACUUUGCAUGGCAGGGGGGUUUGCAGUGAGGAAAUGGGCAAUGAGCAUGUGCUGGGGGUUGGCAGCCUUUUGAGGUGCAAGAUUUGCUUUGCACACCCAACCCAGCAUGGUGCAGCAGGAAGGGGUCACGAGGUGAUGCCAUGGUGUGGUUGGGUCUCUGAAUUGUACAGGGUUUGCUCCAGCUCUAUUCCCUAUGUGUGGUUUCGGUUGUGCAUGAGUUUGACUGUACAGGGUUUGGUUGUGAGUGGGUUUGCUCAUGCACAAUUUUAUCUGUGCACAGUUUUCAUUCUACAUUUAGUUGUGCAUGCUUCGGUUGUGCAUGACAAUUUCUUGCAGCUGCUCUCCAUUGCAGGCCUUGCAAGGGAUAGGUGCUACAGAAUCACACCAGCUGUACUCAGUCAGCACUGAUGAGAACAGCUCAUUUAAGAGCUGCCCACCACAGUACUCAGCUUGCUCAUUCAGUUUUCCUGCAAGCCCUUUCCUGGCUGUUUGAAGUUCUCAACUGCUAUUGCAUCUUUGCAGAAUGCUCAUUGGCAGAAAGGACUAGGAAAGGCUCAGGGAAGGGCCCAGGUGGAGUGUGUGGACCCCCUGUGCCAUGGCUUCAUCCCAGCUGCCCCCCUGCCCCACAGUAGGUACUGUCCUUGCUUCACAGCCCCCCAGUGAGCUUCCCCCUGGUGAGGAGGACCUAGGCGAAGCCUUUGACUUUGAGGACAGUGACGAGGAGGAGGACGAAGAUUCAGCCACUGAACCAAGCAGGGGAGCAGUCCUUCAGGCCCCUCCUCGCAGGCGCCGUGCUACCAGCUCCAGCACCGAGGGGCUGGUGCCAGAGACCCAGGAAGGGCUGCUGGAGCGUGUGAGCAAUGGGGAGGCCUGUGAGGAUCCCCCUGACAUCAACACCCAGACCUGGAAGAGGAAAAGCGCCCACCAGGGUGGGUGGCCCACCUGCGGUGAUCGCUUUGAGUUCACGGCGGCAGAGGACGAUGUGAUUUAUGACGACGUCCCCUGUGAGAAUCUCGAUGCCAAUCAGGAUGGGCGCAGCCUGAUCUACGAGGACGUGCAGCGGGGUGAGGAGCUGGGCUGGAGCUCCAGUGAGUUUGAGAGCUACAGCGAGGAGUCGGGUGAGGAGAACAAACCAGAGGCUGAGCCAGCCAAGCACCGGGCCUCCUUCCAGCCCAAGCUUUCUCCAGACCUGAAUAGACUAAAGGAGACAUACGCCAGGACUAAGAGGGACAUCCUGGCUUUAAGAGUUGGGGGGAAAGACAUGCAGGAGCUGAAGCAGAAGUAUGAUUGGAAGAUGACUCAACUGAUGAAGGCAGCCAAAAGUGGCACCAGGGAUGGGCUGGAGAAGACCAAGAUUGCAGUGAUGAGGAAGGUGACCUUCCUGCACCGUAAGGAAGUGCCAGGAGACUCAGAGGAGGAGGACACAGGUUUCCUGGAAGUCACAGUCUCCGACAUGAAGCACCCACCGCCUGAACUCGGCCCCAUGCCCACAGGGCUCAGCCCCCAGCAGGUGGUGCGACGACACAUCCUGGGCUCCAUCGUGCAGAGUGAGCGCAGCUAUGUGGAAUCCCUGAAGCGCAUCCUGCAGGAUUACAGGAACCCGCUGAUGGAGAUGGAGCCCAAAGUGCUGAGCGCCAGGAAAUGCCAGGUGGUGUUUUUCCGCCUGAAGGAGAUUCUGCAGUGCCACUCCAUGUUCCAGAUCGCCCUCUCCUCCCGUGUGGCUGAGUGGGACUCUGCUGAGAAGAUUGGGGACCUCUUUGUGGCCUCGUUCUCCAAGUCAAUGGUGCUGGAUGUCUACAGCGACUAUGUCAACAACUUCACCACUGCCAUGUCCCUUAUCAAGAAGGCUUGUCUCACCAAACCUGCCUUCCUUGACUUCCUUAAGAAGCGGCAGAUGGCCAGCACUGAUCGCGUGACACUCUAUGGGCUGAUGGUGAAACCUAUCCAGAGGUUCCCCCAGUUCAUCCUUCUCCUACAGGACAUGCUGAAGAACACCCCCAAGGGUCACGCGGACCGCCUGUCCCUCCAGCUGGCUCUCACUGAGCUGGAGACAUUGGCCGAGAAGCUCAAUGAGCAGAAACGUGUGGCUGACCAGGUGGCCGAGAUCCAGCAACUCAGCAGAAGCAUCAGUGACCGCAGCAGCCUCAGUAAGCUGCUGAACUCAGGGCAGCGGCAGCUCCUGCUCUGUGAGACGCUGACAGAGACAGUGUAUGGUGACCGGGGGCAGCUCAUCAAGUCCAAGGAGCGGAAGGUUUUCCUCCUCAACGACAUGCUGGUCUGUGCCAACAUCAACUUCAAGCCAGUGAACCCAAGAGGCCAGCUGGAAAUUAGCAGCCUGGUACCCCUGGGCCCCAAAUAUGUGGUGAAGUGGAGCACAGCCCUCCCGCAGGUGCAGGUGGUGGAAGUGGGGCAGGAGAGCGGUGCCUACGACAAGGACAAUGUGGUCAUCCACAACGCUGGUGCCAAGAAGCACGCACCCACUGGGCCGGCCUCGCACAAUAAGGUCUACCUGGGGCCACCGCGGCUUUUCCAGGAGCUGCAGGAUCUACAGAAGGACCUGGCGGUGGUGGAACAGAUCACCUUGCUCAUCAGCACGCUGCAUGGCACCUACCAGAACCUGAACAUGACAGUGGCCCAAGACUGGUGCUUGGCCCUGCAGAGAAUGAUGAAGGUGAAGGAGGAAGAGAUCCACUCUGCCAACAAGUGCCGCCUCCGCCUCCUACUGCCUGGCAAGCCAGACAAAUCUGGCCGCCCCAUCAGUGUCAUGGUGGUAUUCAUCACUCCAAAUCCACUGAGCAAGAUCUCCUGGGUCAAUUGCCUUCACCUGGCCAAGAUUGGGUUGCGGGAGGAGAACCAGCCGGGCUGGCUUUGUCCCGAUGAAGAUAAGAAGAGCAAAGCUCCCUUCUGGUGCCCCAUCCUUUCCUGCCACAUGCCUGCCUUUUCCUCCAAAGCCCUCGAUCUGCAGCUCAGCGCUGCAGUGCACAACCCUGUGCAAUCCUCACUGUUGGGUUUCUCUGCUGUCAGCACCUCGUUGCCGCAGGGCUACCUCUGGGUUGGGGGUGGUCAGGAAGGUGCAGGGGGACAAGUGGAGAUCUUCUCCCUCAAUCGCUCGGUGCCACGGACAGUAAAAUCCUUUCCGGUGGCAUCGCCAGUGCUGUGUAUGGAGUACGUCCCCGAGGCAGCUGAGGGGGACACAGAAGCGACCGAAGAGUCCCGAGCAGGUGCUGAGCAGCCCCCUGCAACUCUGCAUCCCACUGUUUGCUUGGGACUGCGGGAUGGCAGCAUUGCAGCGUACAGCAGCGUGGACACAGGGACGCAGUGCCUGCUGACCUGCAAGAGCCCUGGCAUGCAGCCAGUCCUCUGCCUGAAGCACAGCCCUGAAUACCUGUUUGCAGGGCUCCAGGAUGGGACAGUGGCUGCAUACCCGAGGAACAAUGUGGGGCUGUGGGACCUGACCGAGCAGCCCACCUGCCUGCCUGUGGGCACCAGCCCUGUGCAAGCACUCUUGAUGCUGGAUGAGACACUAUGGGCCAGCUGUGCCAACCAGGUCACCGUCCUUGAUGCCUCCACCCUCUGUGCUCAGCAAACCUUUGAGGCUCACCCAGACACAGAGGCCAGCGUGACACACAUGAUCAAGGCAGGCAGUGGCGUCUGGAUGGCGUUUUCCUCUGGUUCCUCUAUUCGCCUCUUCCACACUGAGACACUGGAGCACCUACAGGAAAUCAACAUCGCCACCCGGACUACCUUUGUCCUCCCAGGGCAAAGACAUGUCCGUGUCACCAGCCUGCUCAUCUGUCAGGGCUUGCUGUGGGUCGGCACUGACCAGGGCAUCAUUGUUCUGCUGCCCGUGCCCCGGUUGGAGGGCAUCCCCAAAAUCACUGGAAAAGGCAUGGUGUCCCUCAAUGGGCAUGGUGGUCCUGUGGACUUCUUGGCUGUGGCACUGAGCACACUGGCCCCCGAUGUACUAAAAGGAGACCAAGAGGAAGAAGAAGGUGAGGAAGAGAAACCCCCAGAGCUGGAUGGACCCCCACCACGGGAAAUAAGGAAAAAAGGGAUCUUGUUGCAAUACCGCCUCCGUUCCACCUCCCACCUCCCUGGGCAGCUGCUGUCAGUGCGGGAUGCUCCAGUUGGGACUGUUACUCCAGAGCACACAGAAGAAGAUGGCUCCAUCUACGAGAUGGCCGAUGAUCCCGAUGUGUGGGUCCGGAGCCGGCCCUGCGCCCGCGAUGCUCCCCGCAAGGAGAUCUCCUCUGUCGCCAUCAUUUCAGGGGGCAGAGGGUACCGUAACUUCAACUCUGAGCCGCAGCGCCGGGGUGGUGAUGCUGACAGCACUCUGCUCAUCUGGCAGCUCCCUCUGAUGCUAUAGCAGCCGGGGGAUGCCCGCGCGGCGCCUACCUCAAAGCCACCCUACACGCUGCCAUGGGGCGGUCGCAUUGGUGAGUGCACCACCCCUAUUAUGUUUUUUUUUUCCAAAGGAGAAAUAAGGAAAAAAAUAUUGGAAGGAAAAACACCAUAAAAAUUGUCAUUUUUGACUCCCCUCCUUCCCCCCUCAAAAAAACCCCCACUUUGCAUGCUGGGAGAGGGAAAUUUUUAAACAUGGAAAGCAAUGACCUCCUUGCGGGCUUUGGAGGCACUGGGGCUGUGCUUGAAGGCAUUUGUGUGUCUGCGUGUGAAUAUCUAUAAAUAUAUAUAUAAAUAAGGUGUAUAUUAUGAGCUGUAUAAAGAAGGAAUCUGUAUAUAUUGGGGCCCUUGGAGAUGCAGAAAUAAAGAAGAGGUGUGAGCGCUCAUUGGAUACUGGCUGUGCUGAAACGGGGUUUUGCUGAAAUAGCCCUUUUUUGACUAUGAAGUGAGGAUUUGGGAUUACAUGUACAGUGUUUUGGGAACUGGUUUGUGGACUUCCCAUUGGAGCAUAGGAGCUGUUUCUGGAGGACAGGAAAUUUUGGGUGAAAUUCAGCCUGGAAAUAAAUCCCAUAGGAAUCAGCAUGUUUCCUUGCAAUA